UGCUGUAGUUAUGUAAAAAUCACAUAACUAGGGCCCACUUUGGUACUGUUGAAAUAUUAUGGUUUUAGCAAACCCUAAUAGAAACGAUACAGCCAGCGUUCUACCUCAAGCUACUUUACAUCUUCCCUCAUGAAGGGCUAUGGAGAUUUCAAAAGCUUUCCAAGUUUUCGCAUCCUUUGUUGGUCUAAAAAAAUCCUUUACAUCAUUCUAGAUUUUGGAAGGAUAUAGAUAAUACAAACCCCCUGCAAGAAAUUAUAUGCACCUUUCUGUCAGACUAAGAACUAAAUAAAUAGGGACACACUAGGGGACGGCUAAUAAAGAGUAGGGUGUUGUAUGUUAGAUACCUCCCAUCCAGUCCAGUCAAAAACACUUGGAAGAAGGAUGAAAUCCUCCUCCUCCCACCCUUUUCUGGAAAGUUAGUAACAUAAGUUUUAAAACUCUUCCCUUUGCCUUGGAAAUGUGUACUGAAAGAACAAAAUGUUGACAUGAAAGCUUGUUUUUCCUUAAACCUUUGUAACUUUGGGAUUGCAGCAAGGGAUAGAAUUAUAGGGUAAUCUCCUCCCUGCCCUUCCUCUUCCACCACCUAGUAAAGAGGUGGGAAGUAUUUAUUUUUGAAUGUAUUAGGGUCCCCUUUUUCGCAGUGUGCUCAAGAUUAUGCACAUAGGUUUCUUUUCCACUUUAUCAGCACAGCAUCCCUGUGAGAGCCAGGCACUCCAGCUGACCUCUUAAAGAGUGGGAAAUGCAUAAUCUCACUUGUUAACACAGAAGCACCCUUGAAGAAAGGUGGGGAUGUGAUGUCACAGCAAAAUAAUAUAGAAAAUAAUAACAAAUGAGACAUUACAGAUGUCAUCUGUGCUUAUAGUUUCACCCCCUAGAACAGAUAUUUCCAUAAAUUUAAUUUGAUUAAAUUCUGGUAGUUUCUUCUGUUAUUUGCCAAAAGUGCUAUCAAUAGCAGGCAUGGGCAAACUUCUGCCCUGGGGGGCUACACCUCCCAGAAAUCCCAGUUGUAAGGGACUGUGAGAGUCUAAUUCCAAAAUACCUGAAGGGCCGCUUUAUGGGAAUUUGUCUUUGAGAAGGAGUGAGAGGAUAGAGUGUUCCAAAAGGAAGAAAAAAUGUCUCAAACCUGAUCCACACAUCCAGCAGAAUUUUUAGAUGUAGCAUAGAGUACUCCACAUCAACUUCUAUGAUGGAUACUAUUUCUGGAUGGUUACUGGCAUAAAUGCUUGUUGGAAAACAUAACCUAAUACAGAUUAAUAAAAUUGUUAUAGCCAGACUAUAAGUAACCUGUCAGCAAAAAUUAUUUUAAAAUGUAAGAGAACAGUCGCAUUCCCUCAUUAGUAGUUUGAAGUGAUACAGUCUAUUCUGUUGUCUCAGGACUUUGCCCUCUCGUUCUGAUGACAUUUAGCAGAGACCUUACAUUAGAAAAGGGGAGCAGGGGGUGGUAGAAUGAGUCUUUACCUUAAUAGACCAACCUUUGUGGGAAGGAAGAUCUGUGUCAUACAUUCAAAAGAUAUUUCCACAGAAGCCCCUUUUUCCCUUUUGGAGAGAGGGUAUAGAAAGGAAAAGCAAUCUGCUCUCAGACAUUGAAAUGUAUGCCGUUGUCACCAAGUCAAGCUACAGAGUUGACUUUAGCCAUCCAGUAACAAAGGUGAGUCUAGGAAUAUUCUCAAGCUAUGCCCCUGUUCGUUUAGGAGAGUGCCUCCUCAUCCAGAUAGGUUGCUUGCCCAAUCCUUGACUUGGGAGCCACCAAACCUCAGAAAAUCUGAGUGAAUAUGGACUUUCUCAUUUGACACCUUCUCCUUGAAAUGCCUGGCAAAUAGGUCAUCAGGCUACUAUGAUUUGUUUGAGUCUGAGCUCAACAGGAUCAUCACAACUCAGAUUAACACUGCUGGGUGACAUUUUGAGAAUACAAUAUUGGAGGCCUUUUGUUUUUUGUUUUUUGCUAACUUUAUGUCUGCCUGCUAGGCGUGAUGAAGGGUUUAUUAAUCUUUGCUUUUUCUGUAAUCUACUCAAUCUCAGGUCUAGCCAUCCUCAAAUCUGCCUCAUUGCCUGUAGUUCUUUUGUCAACCAAGAUGAAUGAUGAGCUCCUCAGCAUUGGGUUGGGUAUUUAAGAGUUGGUGGCUAUAUUGCUCUCAAGCUUUUCAGAGGACAACACAUACCGGGUAGCAACCAGACUCCUUUGUGUAAGAAAAUGGAUCCCAUUGUUGAGUAGAUAGUGCAACUAUCCCUAGUGUCAGUGAGGACUAUAAAGCCACCCCUGCUGCAGCUGUGAACCAGAAAAGUGGUGUGGAAGAGAAGGACAGAGUAUCCUCAUUUUGGCCAGCUUUUGGAAGAAAUCACCAGCAGUUAGCACAAAGCCCCUGAAAAAGGAUCCAUCAUGUCUGACAAACCGGAUUUUGCUGAAAUUGAAACAUUUGAUAAGACCAAGCUGAAAAAAACCGAAACCAGAGAAAAAAAUCCAUUGCCUACUAAAGAAACCAUUGAACAGGAAAAGCAGAGCAAAAUCACCCCCUGAAGGUGGAUCUGAAGAUGUAGAUGGCAUUUCCUGUUGUGCGGUUUUAAGUUCCACAUUUUUUAAAACUUUGCUAUGAAUUGCCUUGGCUCACCCAUUUUAAAAAUAGCACUUUUCUUUCUUGGCGCAGCAGGAAUGUUUUCUUAAGAAGCAAUGCUCUGAAACUAAUCAAAUCUACCUUUUGCCAUUCCCCAAAGGGACUACACAACCUGUGUCCAAUAAACAUGUGACAAGUUUGCCAAAAAAUUACACUUUUGUUGUAUGUCAGCAGGGAAUGUUAUUUUCAUAUACUGUAGUGUCUAAUUUACAACCUCACAAUAAACAGUUUUGUAUGUGGCAAUUUAA